AUGUCGACUCCUUUGCAAGAGGUCCUAGAGCAAGUGUACGAUUGUCCCCUCCAGCUUAGGAGGCAAAAGCUCUCCGUAUUCUGGUCGAAACUCAGCGCUCAAGAGUGCGACGCCAUCCCAGCACAGCUCGAUGACGCCCUCGCCCAGUCAUUCCCUUAUGUGACCACCCAGGACUACGCGUUCUUCCUCAAAAGAUCCAACUCAACGUCAUGGGCGUUAUCUGCCGCCAAAACGUCCCCCUCGCCUCCCGUGGUCAAUGCCGCCAUCGACGUCCUCACCGCCUCGUGGAUCGCCCAACCCGAGAGCUGCGAUCUCGGCGCGAUCGUCAGUUUGAUCCGCAACGAUCUCCCCCACUACGCCACCGCGCGCCUCUUCUCGUCUCUUGGCCUCCGAGCCACGACAACCGCGGCCCAGUCAGCCCUCGUCGAUGCCCUCCUGCAUGAGAUAUACCCUUUUCUCACCAAUAGGACCACGGAGACCUGCCCACUCUCGCAGUACGCCCGGCUCGCGAUCCGCAACCUGGUCCCCGCCGCCUCGGAGCCCGUCCUUUUGGCUAUCAUCAAACGUUGCUCCUCGCAGUGGUUUACGUACGAAAUAUGGCAGCAGCUCGCCGAGAAGCGCCCGGACGUCGUGCGAGGCUUCCUCCUCAAGCACAUCGGCGGACCCGUCAGCUCGGAACAUCUCCGCGACUUCCCGGAUAUCGUCGCGGAUCAGCCUGGCAUGCUGUAUACCACCGUGGAUGUCGUCAUGCGUGCGAAGGACGGCAAGGGCCCCGAGUUCCUCGCUGUGUUCUUGGAUCAUUACGCCAAGUACACGAAUGUGGAUUUUCAGACGUACACGGCGCGGUCUACGGCGGGUGACAUCAUUGCGCUUGUGACAGUGGCGAAGUACAUAGGCUACUUGCUCAAGAAGCAGAAUUUGAAGGACCCCAAGGAUGUUGUCCGCGUCGGGCUCGCGCAGUGCAAGGCACUCGCGCAGCUGCAGGAGGUGUACAGGCAACGCGAGCUGCCCAUCACCGCGUUGGAUCCCAUCGUUAAAGUCGUCCUCGAACGCUUCGCGCGGUGCCCAGAGGAUUGGAGACUCUUCAAGGCCGACGAGCUCUCCGCAUACACCCACGCAGACUCAACAACGCCGACGGCACUCCUAAUCGCCGUGUUUAAGUGCAUGCAGUACGAGCUCGGCGACCUCUCUACGAGCGCCGCAAGCACCACAUUCAUCAUCCGCUGGCUCACCUCCCUCCCGCGCCCCGCACGCCUGCCCCUUCUCAACGCGUUGCACUACGCCAAGACGUCCGCGGACCUCCUCACGCUCCCCGAGACGGACCCGGCGAAACGCUACCCACGCCUCGCGCCGACCUUGCUCGCAACGCUCGAGCCCGCACACGCGGAGGCGGUGUACGGCAUCGGCACGCGCGCGCACGCGGAUUUUGUCCCGCGCGAUAACGCCUAUGGCUAUAGCAGCUUACCGGGGCAGUAUGCGGGGCUCGGCGAGAUGAGCGGUGCGCUCUACGACGCGGAGGUGCAGUCGGAUCUGCCCCGCGCUUUGCGCGUUGGCGCGUCGCGGUCGGCACUGAGGUUAUCCGAUGCCGCGACAGCAGCGACGGCGGAGGCAGUGGUGGGAUACAACGACGAAGGGGUGGUGCGUGCGGUGGAGACGUUGAAGCGCAAGGCGGGCAAGAGCCGUGAGGAGCGGUACAAGCUGACGUACGCGGCGCUCGCGCUCGCUGCGGUCGCACAGAGCCCGGCGCUAUUUGUCGACACGCUCGAGUGGGCGCUGGUGCGCUACGCGAAGGACCCGGACACGGGCCCGCCGCUGUUUAGCGCGGUCUUCGGAUCUGGAGGCGGCUCGCGGGCGUUCAGGCGGCUCUUGGCCGGGCCUGAAGGGAUCAAGCCUGUCGGUGGGCUGAGUGGGAAGUUCAACUUGGAUGUGGUUAAGGAGUGGUGUAGGACCACCGAGCGGGUUUUCGGGGCUGCGAUGGAUCUGCUGAGGGUGUGGAUCAAGGAGCCGGACCAUCCAUAUUCGAUUCAGCACGAGUAUGAUCAGAUUGGGAACUUUAUCGUUGCAAUUGUGGAGAAGCGACUUGAGCUCAUCCAGAAGAUCUACCCCGCCCUCUGCCGCGACGAAGCCCAGUUGCGUGAUGUGUUGCUCACACCGCUCUUGAAGCACUGGCGCGACUGGGAAAACUUAAAGCUUGUCGACCACCCACGUGUUCUGGGCGCCCUUGAAUAUUACCGCGGGCUGCCCUGGCUACUCGACGAUAUCCAAGUGGACGCUAAAGUGGCGAAGAUCGCACUUCCGUUCCUUGACGCAUGGGGCCAGCAGCGAGAGGAGCUCUACAGGGAGGCCCGCGCAGGCAUGGAUCCACUCAGCAACGAGGAUAUGGAGCUCCGGAGGAACAUGUACGGCAAACGGUCGUUCUUGCCCAUGUGGGUCAAUAUCAAGGGCGACCUCGACAGCCCCGGCGUCGGGAUCGAGGACGGGCUAAAUUUGAUGCCUGGAUUGAAGGGUUACAUUGACAAGGUCAUCUUCCAGGACCCGAAUACAACGCUGGACGACGUGUCAGCGGACGACCAGCUUGACUGGCACCCGCGGCAGUAUAACAAUGCGCUCGAGAUGUACACGAUGUACACGACCAAGAAGAAGCGACCCGACAAGAUUCGUACCCUUCUCGAUCGGUAUGGGCGGAUGAACCCCGACCCGUCGCUUCUGCUCAUGCACAACCAGGAGGCGGCCGAUCUGCUCUGGCUCGAUGGUACGCUGAGCCAGACGAAGCAGGUGUUCCUCCCCAGCUUCCCCAGCCCCGCUGGAAGCGCAUUCACGCACGACCCUGCACAGGCCGCCGCAGCCCUCCCGGUCUUGCACCCUGAACAAGGCCUGCCGAAGACGGUGCUCGGGCUGCGCAGCACGAAGCUGACUCGGAACAACCAGUUCGCGCUCGUUGUGCCUGACGAGGACGAGCCCGCGCUUGUCCGUGCCUCCCUCAAGACUGUGCACCAGUUCACGGUGUUUGCCGUCGCGUGGCUGCUCACGUCGAUGGAGAUCGACGUCUCCUCUCUCGCACCUCUCGCUUCUUCGUCAACCGGCUCAGCAAGACUCGACCUCCCCGCCGCCUAUGCGCUCCACCACGCACGCGUCUCGCCGGAGUUCAACAACACCUACAUCAGGCAGGCAACGCUUCCCGCGCAGCUCCUCGAGAAGACGCUCUCGCGGCUGCACCCGUGCGACAUCCAAGCGCUGCUCGACGCUGUCUUUGCGAAAGAGUCCACUGAGCCGCGCAUCAUCCAGGCGCGCAUGGCGCUGCUCAACGCCGUGCGGCGGCUUGGUGACCCGUGCCUGGGCAGCAAGGAGGCGUGGACGGUUGUGGAGGACACGACACUGUCGAGCUGGCACCGUCAGGCGGUCACAAGCGCGGCGCUAAGCGUGCGCAGGCCAGCGGAGGCGCGGGCGUAUGCGCGCAGGCUGCUUGAGUUCAGCCGCGAGAAGGCGGAGCUGGGCAGGCAGAGAGCGGCGGAAGCGAAGGCGCGAGCAGACGCGGCGCGGGCGGCAGGCGAGAAGGUGGAGGAGGCGCCGCAGGAGGAGCCGACGAUCAAGGCGAGCACGCAGAAGGCGUUUGUGCAACUAUUCUUGCCUGCGGUGCAGGAGGGUGUUGUGGACGCGUUGUUCAUCGAGGAGCUCGUGCGCGCGGGGCUGUUCAAGACACCCGCGAGCGUGACGUCGUAUGUCGUGCAGGUCCUCGUCGAGGCUGUGCUUGGACGGCUUGUCGUGCAAGAGGACGACCCGGGCGUGUGGAAAGUUCUCGAGCCGUUCAUCGAGCUCGCGCAACGGCUGGAGGAGAGCACGCACCUCCCCGAGAGGGCCUGGGAGGAGGCGAGGGAGGGCAAACGGGACAUGCCAUUGAUGUCGGAUGAGCUGCCGAUCGCGCAGGCGCUGCUCGAAGCUGAUCUGGGCGACACGGCGAAGGGCCGGUCGCGGGUCUACAAGGCAUGGACGAGGCACGUCGUGGAGCCUAUCCUGGCUGAGCUUGUCAAUAAGCGUAUACGCUGGGUGAAGACAGCGAUUGCACGUGAGAAGGGCGAAAACGAUACGCAGUUUGAGACAUCGUUCGAGGGUGCGUACAUCGACCCACCCGCGCAGACGGUCUUCUUGGGGGCGGUCCAGAAGUACGCCUUGUUCUUGACUCCUGAGGUCGUCGGCGCGGAACCGGACGAUGCCCGGCGCUGGUGGAUAUGGCGGUUCCUCGAGCAGAGGGUCACCUGCUUCCAGCAGCGAGAGCAAACGUACGCGCUGUAUAACAUCUUCCGGGAGAAGUAUGGCGGUGACUGGCUCACCAAGCAAGAGAAGGAUUAUCCCAAGGCCGUCAACGCGUUGACAACGAACUUCGUUGACGAAGGGCUCAUGAGGGGCGAGAUUAGCUCGUACUUGAUCCCUGUGUUCCGCAACCCCGACGCUCCCACGAACUUGAAGGACGAGAUCGGUGCUAUGUUACAGCGCAUCGGCCUCCUUUUGCUCGAGGCUAGAAACAUGCAGGAGCCAAUCACUCGCACCAAAGCCCAUGGCGACCCUCCCUUCAAGUCGUUCACGCUCCUUUUGCAAAGUACCGGAGUCGACGUGCACAUACUCCCAGUCGUGAAAGAGUGGCUUGCAACUGCAGAGCGGCACGAACAACAACUCUCCAGCACAGGUGGAAAGGUCAACGGUGGAGCGGCCUACUGGAAGGUCAUCGUUCAACUCAAGCUGGAACUGGCUAAGUUCGACGUCGAACAAGCGCCCGCCGAAAACCGCGCCGCCAUGUACACGUCCGCCCUCUCGGACCUCAUCCAGAUGGUCCACCGGCGGCGUUGGCGAUACGUCCACUUCCCGAGGGACUAUUCCAGCCACCUUAAUGUGCACAACACCCUGCGCGAAGAACAGAUCGUCUCCGUCAUCCGGAAGCUGACGCAGGCGCCACUCUUCCCCUCCGAUGAUGAGGAGCUUCGUAUGCUAUACUUUGAGACGGCAGCGGCACUCCUCCGCACACACGGUCUUUGGCUCAAGGGUCCGACGACGUACGAGGCCUUGCGCGAUCUACUUGAAGCGUGGAAAGCCGAGGGUGACGGUGUUAUGGAAGCACUUGCGAGGGACUACUCGGUGUCGUAUCUAAGUUAA